CAAUUUGAGAAAGAAGGGAAACUUCCGAAAAUGCCGACCAUCAAAUUGCAGAGUAGCGAUGGCGAAGUUUUUGAGGUCGAUGUGGAGAUCGCGAAGGCAUCAGUCACGAUCAAAACGAUGCUUGAGGAUCUUGGCAUGGACGAAGAUGACGAUGAGCCGGUGCCGCUUCCGAAUGUGACGGCGACCAUCCUGAGGAAAGUCAUUCAAUGGGCUACCUACCACAAAGACGAUCCCCCACCGCAGGAAGAAGAUGAAACCAAAGAGAAACGAACCGAUGAUAUACCGUCCUGGGACGCAGAUUUCCUAAAAGUUGACCAAGGAACCCUGUUCGAGUUGAUUCUCGCGGCUAACUACCUUGAUAUCAAAGCGUUGCUUGACGUCACAUGCAAAACAGUCGCCAACAUGAUCAAAGGCAAGGCGCCAGAAGAUAUCCGGAAGCAAUUCAACAUCCCGAACGACUUCAAUCCGGCAGAGCAAGAACAAGUUCGCAAGGAAAACGAGUGGUGCGAAGAUAAAUAAAAUCUAUCGGUCGCUGACGAAUGAGUAUGGCUAGGCCAUCGCGAGCUCUGGGCGAUGGUACUCCGUUGGCUCGGUAUGCGCCCCCAAAAUCACGACGAAUGUUUUGCGCUAAAUCAAGAGAAUACACGCUGUUCUCGUUUGUGCCCUUUCCGGGACCUUCUCAUCCGUUAAUCGAUUAUCAUCAUCCACUGAGCUGUGAAACCGUGAAAAGUAUAUUCCUCUCAUUUUAAGCAAAUUAGAUACGUCAGUCAUUGAGUUUGCUGGUCUUGUGUGCGUAAUCAUUCAGGAUGUCGUUAAGAGAGCAGACUUUCGCGGAACUGAUGGAGUAUACGAAUUUGCGACACGGAGAUGACCCACUUCCAUUCAUAUAGUGAGUUCCGCAAUUCACAGCGAGCGACCCUGGAACGAACUAAGGAAGUUUUUCCCAACCAGUCGAUUCUCGCAAAUAAAUCGUAUUUUCAACCUCGA